AUGAGUAUUCGCAAAGAAGUGUUUGUUUGGAGAAAACAUCAUAAGAUUGCUUUGCUAAGAGAAAUUUUGGUGGUGGAGCCAUAUGUCCACAAAGUUGGAAGUAAAGAGAGGGGCAAUGCUUGGACCUUGAUUGCCGAAAACUUAAAUAGCACUGAGCAUGGGUUUAAGGUAUCCAUCAGAAGUGUUAGAGAAAAGUUUAGUAAACUAUAUGAAGAAUGGCUGAAAAAAGAAAGAGAUGAAGAAAAGGCAAGUGGAAUAGAAGGUACAGAUGAAGAUGAAUUUGAGAUGGCCAUGCGAGAUGUUCAUGAGAGGAUGGAGGAAGUGAAGGAAGAGUGGAAUAAAGAAUCCGAGAAAGUGGCCGAAGAAAAACAGAUGGCAAUUGAUAUGCGAAAGACUGCUACAGAAAUAAUUGGGCAAACCAAAAGGCGAAAAAGUAUGGAAGAUGAAUCUGAAGAUGAGGAAGAUGAGGGAAAAUCUGGAAAAGAUGACAAACAACUAGGCGGAAAAGAGUAG